AUGAUAGCAUCUCCAAAUGAAACAAGGAAAUUAAGUGGUAACAAGUUUGCACAAGUAUCUAAGGCUGGCAACUUUGUACAGGAAGUUAAAGAGUCUACUUCCACCACACCAGAGUCGGAGGUAAGAGGAUGCUCCAGCGAGUACACAGAGGAAGACCUGGCCACGGAGGCCGAGACACAGAGGAAGACCUGGCCACGGAGGCCGAAACACAGAGGAAGACCUGGCCACGGAGGCCGAGACACAGAGGAAGACCUGGCCACGGAGGCCGAAACACAGAGGAAGACCUGGCCACGGAGGCCGAAACACAGAGGAAGACCUGGUCACGGAGGCCGAGACACUGAGGAAGACCUGGUCACGGAGGCCGAGACACUGAGGAAGACCUGGCCACGGAGGCCGAGACACAGAGGAAGACCUGGCCACGGAGGCCGAGACACAGAGGAAGACCUGGUCACGGAGGCCGAGACACAGAGGAAGACCUGGCCACGGAGGCCGAGACACAGAGGAAGACCUGGCCACGGAGGCCGAGACACUGAGGAAGACCUGGUCACGGAGGCCGAGACACUGAGGAAGACCUGGUCACGGACACUGGACUAA